AUGAGGCUGGAUGGAUGGAAGAUCUGCUUGGAGAUUCUGUUUUCAUCAGCUUUUGUGGCUGAUAUGUUAUUUGUUCUGCCUGAGCUGAGGGGUUACAUCUGGAUUCUUUCCUUUUCUGGCAGAACUGUUUAUAGCAAUGGUGGUGGCGGUGAUAGCGAUGGUGGUGAUGGCAAUGGCGGUGGUGAUGGUGGUUUAUGGGGGAGUUGCAGGGGCAGUGAUGGUAACGAUGCUGGCAGUGGCUAUGGUGAUGGUGACAGUGGGGCUAAUUGUGGAGGUGGGGGUAAGGGUGGUGGCGGUGGUGGUGGAGGUAGUGGCGGUGGCAGUGAUGAUGAUGGUGCUGGCAGUGGUGGUGGUGAAGGUGGGGGUGAUGGAAGGGCUGGCAGUGCGGGUAACGGUGGGUGGUGGUGUUGGCAGCGAUGA